AUGCCUCCGAAGAUGGAGAAGUUUCUGCAAAUCGCGCCCCACUCUCUGGCCAUCGUCCUGGGCCCCGCCGAGGGUCCCGCGGGGGAGAGGUCCGGGGCCGCCCAGCCCGCGCCGCCGGCCCAGCCCCGGCAGCUCUCCCGGCACCACAUCGGCUACGAGAUCUUCGCCGACUUCAAAGCCGAGAACAUGCAGCACUUCUGGAACAAGAAGGUCACGGCCGCGGUGGCCGAGACCUUCUUCCUGGGCUGGAUCGACGAGCAGGUCCUGCUGAUCCAGGGCAAAGAGGAGCAUCUGGAGGUGCUGCGUGAGGGCUGGACGCGCCGGGCGCUGCGGCCGCCCUCGGGCUUCCACAUCCGCUGCCUCGGUGAUGUAUCACCAAUCAGUAUGUCUCCCAUCAGUCAAUCUCAGUUUAUUCCACUCGGGGAAAUCCUUUGCUUGGCCAUCUCAGCAAUGAACUCGGCACGAAAACCUGUCACCCAAGAAGCACUGAUGGAGCACCUGACCACGUGCUUCCCAGGUGUUCCCACCCCAAGCCAAGAAAUUCUGCGGCACACGCUGAACACGCUGGUUCGGGAAAGGAAGAUCUACCCAACUCCAGACGGCUAUUUCAUCGUGACCCCGCAGACUUAUUUCAUAACUCCUUCCCUCAUAAGAACUAACAGUAAGUGGUACCAUUUGGACGAGAGGAUACCUGACAGGUCUCAGUGUACCUCCCCACAACCCGGAACCAUUACGCCCUCUGCUUCGGGCUGCGUCAGGGAAAGGACAUUACCCAGAAACCACUGCGACUCUUGCCACUGCUGCAGAGAAGACAUGCACAGCAUGCACGCGUCAACUCUGCAGAGGAAACCUGCCAAGGACUGCAAAGACCCUUACUGCCCUCCUUCACUCUGCCAGGUGCCACCCACUGAAAAGAGCAAAAGUACUGUAAAUUUUUCUUACAAGACAGAAACUCUCUCCAAACCUAAAGAUAGUGAAAAACAGUCCAAGAAAUUUGGGCUCAAGUUAUUCCGGCUAAGUUUUAAAAAAGACAAGACCAAACAGCUAGCCAAUUUCUCUGCCCAGUUUCCUCCCGAAGAGUGGCCGCUGCGAGACGAGGACACGCCGACGACCAUUCCCCGGGAGGUGGAAAUGGAAAUCAUCCGGCGUAUCAACCCGGACUUGACCGUGGAAAAUGUCAUGAGGCACACUGCACUGAUGAAGAAGCUUGAAGAGGAAAAAGCGCAUAGGAGUAAAGCUGGGUCCUCCGCCCAUCACAGUGGAAGGAGUAAAAAGAGUAGGACUCACCGGAAGUCCCAUGGGAAGUCUCGGUCCCACAGCAAGACGCGAGUCUCUAAAGGAGACCCGUCAGAUGGUUCCCACCUGGAUAUCCCAGGCGACAGAGAGUAUGACUUUUGUGAUCCCCUCACCAGGGCCCCCAGGGAGGGCUGCUUCAUCAUUGAACACAAAGGAGAGAACUUCAUUAUGCACAGCAACACCAACGUGAUCGAGCCUCAUUUCCCCAUGACGCCAGAAUGGGAUGUGUCGGGGGAACUGGCCAAAAGGAGAACUGAGAUGCCUUUUCCUGAACCUUCCAGGGGGAGCUCCCACUCAAAAGUGCACCGAAGCCACAGCCAUACCCAGGACCGGCGGUCCAGGAACGAGAGGUCCAACAAAGCCAAGGAGAGAUCCAGGUCCAUGGACAACUCCAAAGGCCCUCUGGGCGCCUCCUCUCUGGGGACGCCGGAUGACCUGGCCGAAGGCUGCAGCCAGGAUGACCAGACACCCAUCCAGUCCUACAUUGACGACAGUACCCUAAGGCCUGCCCAGACCGCCGGUCAUCAAAGGGCUCACAUUUUGUCCACAAGCUAUAAAGAGGUGUGUAUUCCGGAAAAAGUCGGGGGCGGCAAGGAGCCUUCCAGCGCUUGUGGCCUCUUGGAGCCAGGGAAACCACCUGAGAGUUUGCCGUCUUAUGGUGAACUCAACUCUUGUCCAACAAAGACAGCCACGGACGACUACUUCCAAUGCAACACCUCCAGUGAGACGGUGCUCACUGCGCCGUCGCCUCUGGGAAAGAAUAAAGAGGACCACGACACUCUAGCCCUGGCAGAAGGGGUGAAAAAGCUGCCACUGUCUGAUAGGCCGGCCCCGCAUUCCUCCAGGGAGCCUGUGGGGCACAAGGAGGAGUCGCCGAAAGGGCCUGGUGGGGGCCCGGCUGCUUCAGGCGCGGCGGCAGAAGGGAUUGCCAAUGGACGCCUCAUCCAGCAUCACAGUGCCGAGCCCAGCAGCCUGGACAAGAGGAAAGAGAUAUUCAGCAAAGACACCCUGUUCAAACCUCUUCACAGCACCUUGUCUGUCAACAGCUAUCACAAAUCCAGCCUGUCCCUCCUCAAAUCUCACCCGAAGACACCUGCCGACACACUGCCAGGCCGAUGCGAGAAGCUGGAGCCAUCAUCCCUGGGGACCUCAGGGGCACAGGUCCUGCCAGCCCUUCAGCGUCAGCCGGAGUCUGGGGGGACCCAGGAAGCCUCUUUUGACUAUUACAACGUCUCUGAUGAUGAUGACUCUGAGGAAGGGGCAAACAAGACCACCGAGGAGGAGAAAAACAGAGACGAUGUGGGCACCAUGCAGUGGCUCCUUGAGAGGGAGAAGGAAAGAGACUUGCAGAGGAAAUUUGAGAAGAACCUCACCCUUCUUGCCCCGAAAGAAACCGACAGCAGCAGCCACCAGAGAACCACCCAUUCGGCGCGCCUGGACAGCAUGGACAGCAGCAGCAUCACCGUGGACAGCGGAUUCAACUCCCCACGCACGCGGGAGAGCCUGGCUUCCAACACGUCAAGCAUCGUCGAGAGUAACCGUCGGCAGAACCCUACCCUGAGCCCGGCCCACGGCGGGGCUGGCCCAACCUUCAACUUCCGAGCAAGUACGGACCCCCCGAGCAGCGACGCCGAGAAAUUACAGAAACCUUCCAACUGCUUGCAAGCUUCUGUGACUAGUGUGUGAUAGUCGUUCUGCCUCAGAUUUCCUGUCUCGUUCGAUGCAGCCAAGUUUACGACACUGGGACUGAUGUUUACAUCUUCGGGAAGACAAGCAUCUCAACCACAGUUUUCGUGUUUACUUAAACUGUGCUGCUAAGUAGGCUAGAGCAAAACACAAAAGUCUUUCUUUCAGAGUAUUGCUUCUCACAUGUAUGGCUCUGUAGCAACAGAAUAGCAGUAGGGGUGAUAUGUACACUUUUGCUUCACUAAUUGUACCUGAGCACCCAUAGGAGAGUCUAGACACUGUCAGUGUGAUGCGCAUUUUCGAUGUCAUGCAGUUUGCCAAUUCCAUGUUUAAAUGCCACAGGUGCGUGUUGCUCCCAGACUGUGGGCAGAUGGUGCCGCAGAACUGAUUCUUGACACUUCCAGAAAACAACAACAAAACAAAACUAAGCCACCACCGAAUGUCCAAUGCGAGGGCCCACCGUGAGGGACGUCAGCCCCGCCCCGCUGAGAAGGGACCCCAGCCCUCUGUGUGUGAAUCGCCUAGGCACCCGUCAUUUGUCACUGUGAGUGUGCGUGAAGCGGCUUUGCAGGCGCCCAGGGAAGUGUGUCGCGAGGGUCCUGAUGGCCGUGCUGGGGGCGUGUGUUUGCGGGAUUUUGUGUUUAAGGUCACAGAUGCUUGUCUGAGUUUGAACCUCCCAUGAUCACCCACAGGAAUAUAGGCCUUUGAAUCUGAAGUAGAUAAAGAGGAAGGGGUCCCCAGCCUGGCUGGGAUGCAGCACGCGGUGACGGAAGAGGUAAUGCGGACUCUAAAAGGUGUUCGUCCAGUACGUAAGGAAGAGAGAGAGGAAGAGCGCUUCCUUUUUGGGAUACUUAUGAUGAUCCUAGCUUACUAUAAUAGAUGCGAUGAUUAGUUUGUUUAAAAGCAAAAUGUUCUUUGUGAUACAAAUGAAGAGUAUGGCCUGGGGGUGUUAUUCUUUCUAAUGGAAGGACAUAAAUCUAUUUUAUGUAGUUUUAAAUAGAAUGCCUAAAUUAGGCUGUGGGAGAUAAUUUUUAGUGGUUAGAGGAAAGAGCAGAUUUAGGGAGAGUUGAACUUCAGGCCUUUUAUUCCUGGGAAGAUAUCUAUAGAGAAAACUUUAAAGUAAUUUUUGAUCAGAAAUAUACAUGUGCCCAUGUAAUUAACAACAGGAUGAGCUCAUUCUGCAAGUGUGGUAUAAUUCUAACUUCCACUCCCCUAAAAUUUACCAGAAUGACAAUUAUGCAUACAUGAACUAUGCCUGAGUAAUGUUUACAGAUACUUUGUAACCCAUUUCAGGAGGCAUUUUUAGGUGGCUGCGCAGUUAUUAGCCCCAACUUAAUCUCAAAAAGGUUUGUUAACAUUUGGCUUUAGUUUACAACGUCACAUCGAAUACAGAGAAGCUGGUCAGCAGCAAAGGGAUCACAAACAAGCUUCGGCCUUCUAAGAAAGAGACUUUUCAAAGCCCCCUUGUUUUAUUUUAUGAGAACAGCAGAAUAAAUCUCAAGAGAGUGGAAACUUAUUUGCAAAAGGGUUACAUAGGACACGAGUAAAAAGGUCUGACCAAAAAUUUAUUUAGUUUAGUGGCAUGUGAUGUUUGGAGCCAUAUACCAUAAAAUAUAGAUCCAAAAAUAAAUCUAAAAUAUUUUUUCCUCAGAUUUCAAUCAAUGGCAUAAAAUCUGGGGAACAUUUCUGCUCCAGUAUGAGGUUUAGUCCCUGGCCAUCUGUAAAGGAUGCGGUCGUAUACAUGCUCAGACUGAUUCUUGAAACACGUGGGCGCCCACUCAUGCCGUACCAGAUACUUGGAAGUUGCAUGGGAAACUGGAUGCAUCGAGUUCAGUACAGGUUCAUUCCGUGCGCUUAGAGUGCAACCUAAGUCCACUUCUCGGUAAACUCCCACACCACGAAAAUGCGUAAGUCAGCUGGCGGUCAGGACCAUGCCUUAUUUCCUCUAAGGCAUGCUUUGAUUGCUCAGAAAUGCACUAUUUGUCUCACUGCUUAAAUAUGUCCCGAAAGAAUGAUAAUGUAUCGAAGAGACUAUAUACAAAGUCUGUUUCCUUGGGGAGUUGUAUACCAUACGGUUACUAAAUUCUUCUGCCUAAAUUCGCUUUUUUUCCCCCAAAAACCUGCUCUCAAGUGUUUAUCAUACUAUCAGUUCAUAAAUAAUAUAACCAUUAAAACAAUCCAUCAGCCUCUAGUUGAUCCUCUGAAAGUAGCCGUUAUAAUAAUCAAAUGCUGUGGGAACAGGAAAGGAAAGCAUUACUUUUAGAAGCUUUAAAAUAUGAAUUUAUCAAUAUUUCACAAGAAGUAGGUUUACAGAAGAUGUUAUUCAAAUGAAAUGUGUACACUAUUUGCCUGAUGCUAUGGGGUACCUGAUUUGGAAAAAAAGAAAAAAGAAAAAAGAAGAACUCCCUGAGACCAGCAGCCAUUAGCAUAGAAAUAAUGGACUUUAAAGAUGAUACUAUGUAAGCAGACGUUCCAUGUAGAAACAACCCCAUCUCAUCUAUUUGGGAUUCCUCAAUGGGGAAGGAGGGUGGCAGGAAGCACAUUAUAAAUGUCACCCAAGAUGGUCUACGGUGAGGUUCUCAGUGACCAAACGCUCGGGCCGCUCCAAGCUUCGCCAACAUCCUUGUCCUCCAGUGAAAUGAUAGCUUUGUGCUACACAGAUGCUUAGCUAGUCUUCACUUAGAGUGUAUCAACUGAAAGGUUUACAAAAUUGAAUCUGGUUGAAUCUCUGUGUAGCAUUCAACUUUAAAGGGUCAACCCAUCUGUCGGCAUUUUGCACACUUAUGUAUUAUUAUGAUACAGCAUAUUACUUUAUGGUAAUUUUUAUUUUUACAUAUAACUACCUCCAUAAAUUUGAUGAAGCAGCAGCAGUGCGUUGAAGUGUGUUCAAAAAAGCAGUUUAAAACUCGCGUGUCAUUAGGCCACGGCGUUCGGUGUGUGUGUCGGUGAUUGCCUGUGUGGACUCAUGACUUCUUCAUGGCCAUGGUUUCCUUUGAUGGCAUUAUUUCACCUUCAGAUGUAAACCUGUCUCUCCUCUCUUCCCCACGAAAGCGCACUUGAUUUUGUUAUGAAUGAUAGGAAGUUUAAAUUUCUUGUCUUCUCCCUCCCUCCGCCCCAAUUCCUGCUCGAAGUUCCCCCUAGCGAAGAGCCAAUUGGUAAAUAUAACUUGGCAAGCUAUUGACUUCUAUAAAAACCUGAUUUCAGUUCUAGAUUUUCAGUAGCAGAAGACACACAGGGAAUUCGGACUGCCACCUCUGAAGCACUUUGGUCCCCUCUGCCUCCACUCGCAUGCCACCAUGUCAAACCUACACUUCAGUGAACAGAGCUGUGCUGUGUAGUCGCAACUUGUGCCAACUAGUUGGUAUUCCAUUCUGUAUAUUUUGCACAUCUCAGGGGACCUUAAUGAGCAUGCGAAAAGGGGGGUGCUAGCAAAUUGAGGAAAUAACUCGGAGGGCUGAAAGGGGACUAGCUGGAAAAAGAAAACAAACGAUUGCUUCUCUGACUUUGGGAAGCUCAAGUUCAGGAAGAAGAAAUUGAAUGUUAAUAUGGAGUAACAAUGAUCUGAACACCAGCUGUUCCCCAGUCUCCCUUUUCCAUAACCCAACCAGCAUUUCUAAAAUGCAAAUUUCAAUGAUAGUGCAGUCACCUCGGGGACAAAAACAACAACAAACCAACUCUUCAGUGGAAACGAAAGCAUUGUUCCCUUUUUUAGGUUGGCACAGCUUUGCAAAAUUUGACCCAGGAUAAACCACUUAACCACCACAAAGUGUACUUGAAAACAAAGUUUUUAAUUUCAGUGAUAGGCCUGUUGCUCACAAUACAAUAGCAAUCAUAUUUUGAAAAGUCUCAUCAUUUAUAACAUGGGCAGUAUUUGGAGCUUGAUUAAAAACCAACAAUAACCUAUAAUGACUUUGCAAGUUCAUUUUGGGAUCUCAAAGUGCUUCCAAAGCAUUCAGAAUCACAAAGAAUCCACCCAGCAGGUCCUAUUUAUAAUACCCAUACUUGAAAUGAAUAAACAGAAGGAGUGACAAGAUUACCCAGAACACAGUGGCAGCUAUCAACAAUCUCUUUUCUAUCUGUUUGAUAGACCAUCAUGAGAAAUCACUCAGUACAAUGCUAUUUUUUCUGAUGUGUGCUAAUAAAGUCAAAGAAAACAAAUGCAACUUUACACCUUUGUCCAUUUUCAUUCAAAAAGUUCAAGGUGUUUGGAGUUUUACACCUCAGUACGCCUCACUGGUAUCGAUUUAUGAAGUGGGAAGUCAACACAUCCAUUCACAUCCCAUUGUGGUCAGUGGUAGAUCUAGACCCACACCCUUGUUUACAGUUUCAUAUUGGGCUUCUGUAACCCCUGCGCUAAAAUACCAUCUUUCAGGAACACGACUGCUCCUGGCAGUGGAAGGUGCUGCAACAGAUGUUUUCAUUAGAAACUGCCUUGAGUACUCUUCCCGUGCUUCUUAGCACAACAGAAAUUCAGUACCAUUAUCAAGCCCUGCUCCGAAGAAUCAGGGUUGCCAAGAGAGCUGAUGUAGUUCUAAGUGUUUUCUCAAAUUAGGAGAUAGAAGACCCUCAAUGGGGACUUUCUCUCUUGCCACAGGCCAGCCACAGGGCCAGCUGGCAGCAUGCUGGCAGGUGACAGUGGACCCCAGCAGAAGUGACCCUUUCCUUCCCUCUCCCCAGCCCUGGUCCUGUCCUGCCCAUUGUCAAGGCCACCAGUACUCUUCUGUUCUUGAGUGACUCUCCUGCACAUGUGUAGGGCCAGGGAAACGGGACACAGGAGAAAUGAAUGCAAAAGCCAUGGAAAACAUUGUUUUGCUUUGGUUAGUAAAAUAUGGGCAGGAAAGAGAUUACCAUUGCUCUGAUCUCUGCCAAGUGAGAUAAAAGAAUCAGCUGUCACUCCGUCACUCUCCCAGAAGGGUUUACAGCAUUAAGGAAGCAUCCAAGAUUUUCCCAGAGAUUUUUACGUAGGAGACAUUUCAUAAAUUGCAUAUAUGAGAAAAUUCAUUAUUAAAUGUCCUGGUGUGUUUGAAAUAGACAUUGGCAUCUCCCGGGCUGAGUUCGUCUCGGCAUCUCUUGCAGCAGCGUCCCAGAGAACCCCCGGUGAUGGUUCCCCUGACACAAGACCCGGUUUUUUCACAGUCAUGUUGUCUGUGGCUUACAGUUGCUGAUUUGCAAAGUUCAGAAUUCUACAAGGCUCAAGGGUGGCUCAGCCUCCUUCUUAUGAUGGCGUAUUAUCAAUUAUCGGGCUUUAAAUUGCUCCUGUUGGCUUCAAAUACGAACACACACACACACACACACACACACACACACACACACACCCUGCCAACGAGGGAAGGGGCUGUUUCCCAGGUGAGGCAGUGAUGAUGGGAAGCCCAUGUAAGACUAGAAGCUUGGCUGGUCCAUAUACCACUGCCUACCUCCCUGUCCAAAGGUUGACCUUGGCACCACGUUCCUUUCCUCCCACCUAAAAGAGGUACCAAAUCUGAGAUCUGAGAUCUCCUUCAAUAUCAGUCCUCUGCAGUUACAGGAAAUUUAUCAUGAACGACACACUCCACAGCUCCUCGCCUUCCUGCCCUCCAAGCCCUCUCCCUCCUCCCCAUCUCCCCACCUAGAUACCGAUACACCGCCGCGGUCUCCACAUUGGAAGGGCGAAAUAGUGUGUGGUAUUGUGCACACAUGAUGGGUUAGCGCCACAGCUAACCUCAGGUCGCCUUCCUGUAAGUAUUGACAGCUACAAAUUAAGGUCCUUAGAGUAGUUGACAUAGAUACGACUUUCUAGCAGAGAAUUAAAUUUCAGCGUUCAGUUUAAAGGGAUCAUAAUUCUGCAGGUAUCUUUCUCUGAGUGACUGAAUGUGACUAUUGCAUUAGGGUAAAUGAAUUAAGAGGUGCAAGUGGGAUUUCCUGUAUGUUAGAAAGGAGUUUUGCAGCCAAGACUGCCUUGAAAAAAAUGUGUUUGCACUGAAAAAAAAAAUUUAAAUUACUUGGUCUCUGGUUGCUGUAAAGGUCAUCCAAGAUGGAUGUUCUGUUUAUAUUGUAUAGUAUUUCAUAUGAAAUAA